UAUGAAACGUGUGUUCCACCGCUUCAGGCUUUGCUCAAGAGCCUCAAAACUAUUGAUAAAUCAAUUCCUUCUUCGAGUUUCUUCUACCCUCCAUACGCUCCUCCCAAACCACUGCCCUACACUUCCCUCUUCCACCGUCCGUCAUCAACCAGUUCACCUAAUCAGAUCUAAUUUCUUCUUGCUACUGCAGCUAGCAUUUUGAAAAUCUGUCAUCAUCAUAGAUUUGGCACAAAAUUCUCUUCCCGCCUUUACAGACCCCAUUCUUCACCCAUACUUCAUCUCAAUUUCAUUCUUACCACCACCAAUCUUAAAACUUAUCUUUUUCCUUUUCGCAGGCAACUUGCUGAUUUGCUUAUCUGAUUCGGUCGCUCGCGUCUUCUUCUCCCAUGCAGUUUCAUUUGAUGCAGUAAAGAUCACUUUUUCUCUAACGUCACCAAUUUUAGGGAAAUCCGGUAACCAAGUCGCAACAUGAUUCCAGUUUGUAUUCUGAUUGGAAAAAACAUGGUGGAUUGGAUAGUUGGGUUCAAUUCGGAAUCGACGAACAUCGAAGAUCGAUCCUAUAUAGAAAUAUAUCUUGCUAUAUUUUCAUUACGUAUUCAAGUAACAUUCUAUAUAUAUAGUAGCUACCAUGUGAAACAUGUAAGAAAAAUGCGCCAUGGUUAUCAGGAGAAGAAGAAACAAAACAAGAGAGAGAUAUCAAGAAAUAGCAUUCGUAAUGAAGAAGACUUCAUCUCCUCCAAUAAAGUCAAACAAGAUACACCACAGCCAAGUGCUCCCCUUAAGCAGUACAACGAGGACCCCCACUCUCCAAAUGUUAGACAACUGAACAAAAAAUGGAUGAGGUUUUUACAUAGCUCACCCUAUUUCAAGAACAAAAUAUAUAAAGAAGCACGAACAUUGAUGAGCAACUAUUCUCAUAAUUUUGGCCUUUUAACACGCUUGCAAGAGGCUGUUCAUCAUCCUUGAAGAAACCCAAAAGAUACAAGAGGGAUGAAUGGAUUUUUUUUGGAUGAAAUGAAAAAUCUGGAUCAACUCAAUUGCUUAACCAACUCCGCUCUUCCCUAGUUUAAAAUAAGUCUCUUUGUGAUCUUAAUAUUUAUUUAAUUUUUUUUUGUAAGUUAUUCAAAUUUAUAAUAUUUACUUAAAUAAAUAAAAAUAAACCGUAAAAAAUGUUUCAACC